UUCCUGAAUUACUUCCUGUUUGUCAAUGCAGCUAGUUGGGGUACCAUUGAAAUGGGCAGUGAUUGGAGUAUGUCGAGAGCACAUCACGAUCCAAUGAUGGAAUCAGUCAGAGCCAAGUGGAAUUCAGAUGAAGACACAAGGAAAGUUGUUGGUACAUUUGUAGAAGAACAGAAGAAACUGAAAGUAGACAUUGGGAAUUUAAAAGAGAACGAGAAAAAAUUACUGGAAGUGAAUAGGAAUAUGCAUGCAACAUUUAAUGAUUGUUUGGCUGAACAAGAACGACUAAAAAAAGAAUUGUCGGCUUUAAAACAUGAAAACAUGGAAUUGGGGAAACAACUUGAUACGAAACAACAGAAGAACCAAGAACUGACGAAAGACAAUGACAUUCUUUCAAAUGAAAAAGAGAACGCUCUUUCCAGACUAAGUAAAAUAGCUGGUAUUCAACUUACAAAAGGAAACAGUGAUAUAACUGAUCUUAGUGAUGCUAAUAGGCCAACAAAACUGGCAGAGAAAUGGUCUAGUUUGUAUACUGAUGAAUGGACAGAUGCAUUUGAUGAAUUUCAAACAAUCAAGGAAAAUCAGAACUCUGCAAUUGAAAAGGAACUGUGCUCAAUUGUUCAGAAAUGCUUCAAUAUUUGCCAAGAAAUUGAAAAGAAACAGAUGACCGAUAUCAAAGCACAUGUAUGGGACAUAGCUUGCUGUCUUCACCGACAACCAGACCAAUUGGUAUCUGCUUCUAAAACUAGCCUGUAUCCAAAAGUUGUUCAAGACACGCUAAAAAAGCCUGCAGCAACAGUAUCCCCAAACGAUGGAAUAAAUAACGACAAAUUACAAUCUAUACUGAAAUGCAUGGAGGAAUUGAUCGAGAUCGUUCACGAAAGACGAAAGUACGAUAAAAACUUAUUGGAAUGCGUGAAACAGGAGUCACUCCGAGAAUUUGAGCAGUACAACAAAAUGGGAACACAAAGUCAAAUCAUGAAAUUUGUAGAACGAUGCACAGAAAUGUGCUGGAGCAUGGUAAUAAAAGAACCACCGAUGGCUUUGGUUUUUAACGAAAUGGAAGUUACAACGAUUGACAAAAACAUGUUCUCUGUUUAUACAAAAAGCGGUCUUUUCAUCGACUUCGUGGUAUGGCCAGCUUUGAUUUUACACAAAGAUGGUCCAAUUUUGACGAAAGGUACGGUACAAGGAAAAGAAAAUGACACAUUCGAAACGGAAAUGAUAAUUUCGAAUAGCACAGAAGAAAUCACAGAAAAGAAAAUGGAUUCUCAAAACGAAAUUGCACAAAAUGGUGACGACAAUCUCAAAUAUAUACCACCAGAUCAAAACUCGCCUGAAGGUCAUGUCAUUGAAGAGGACGGUAAAACUGGUCACUGAAAAACAUACAAAAGACGUUUUGAUAUCGAAUGCCAACGGGUAUUUAAUUCGGGUGUGACAGAACAACAUGUAUAAGUCUACUAAAAGGGACUCUUUGUAUAUAGAAAUAUAUCAUAUAUAAAAAAUAAUAUAUUUUUGAGUUAAUGUAAAGAUUUCAUAGUAUUUUGCAGACAGCUGUUGUCUAUUCGUCUUUUAUGUGUUUUGUCAUUUGAUUUUGCCAUGUGAUAAAGGGACUUUCCAAUUUGA